CCCACCCCCCGUGUACGCGCCUGGAGGAGGGGAGGAUCAAAGAAAGGCUGUUAGCGGCCUGCAUAUGUGCUUUAAAGUAAAGAGAAGAUCCCUAUUCCCUUUGAAAAUUUCUCCUUGCUAUCCCAAACUAAAGGACGUCUCGCUCUUUUCUCUUUUCUUUCGCUCUCUACCCCCUCCCCCUGCGCCGGCCUUGUUCCGCCUCGUUUUUGCGCCUGUUACCUCGACGCCCUGGGUUUCCGAGGAUGAUUAAAAUACACACACUUAUGUUUUGAAGUGUCAGCGGGCACUGCACGCCAUUACGCAUGCGCUUACAUCUCUGGUCCCCGAAUAUUAUCUGUGCCUGCUCUUUUAUGUCUUAUUGUGUACUGUGCUUACUUUGGAAAGGUCCUGAAUACUACGCUAUUUCAAGAGAGCUUAAUAAAUUAUGGAUAAUAUUGGGAUCCGAUCUCCUCAAUACCCUAGCUAAAGAGUAGCCCGUAAUGUUUGUAUGUUCUUAUCUACUUGAUCUUCCGUGAAGAGUAGAACGUUAGAUCUCACAGCAGGUGUCUAUCAUUAUAUUUGACAAGCGUAAUUACCAUGAUUGACAGGCGUGACUGACAGGUGGCCACGCCUCUAAGAACACUGUUCAGCGAAGUUCACCGUGCCUUUAGUUAAUGUUUCCUCUAUUGCGCUUCACUGGGUUGAUGAUCGUUUUCUCGGCGUUGCGGAUUUUCAUUAUAGAGUGAUAUGGAUUGCCUAUGAUUCGUUUGUGGUCAAGGGAUAAUGGGAUAUCUAUAACUAGCGAUGGUAUUGUUUGGUUUAAAUGAUUAAUUACUGGUCUACACUAACAAGUUGUUUGGGCGAUCUUUGAGUUUGAAUAUCUACGCGCAAUAGAUAGAAGAUCGAGAGCAAAGAACAAAUUGCAGGACGAGCGAGACUACGACAGGAAUCACACUGGGGUGAUAUGGUUAGCUUAUGAUGGGAUACCUGCGGUUUAUUCAAGCAGCCCUCUUCGUGACAUGCGCAGUAGGAGUAGAUAUAUUAGAUAAAGACAAGUCGGAGCAUGCGCAAAAGAAGACAAUCGAACUGCAGACGGCGUAUGUUUACAGAAAAGCGAGUCAGCGAUUACCGCAUUACUCAGUGAUCCUGGGAAGCAGCGGGAAAAGUGUCCUAGGGCCUGCGGUCCCGGCGCCAGGGGGAGAUGAGAUCCAUCGAGUGCAGGGCUUUCUCCUCAACAACGAUGAGAUCAGACUUGGUGACACUUCCAGUUUCUCAAAUGCUGCCAUCUCUAUCACAAACAGAUUGCGCAUGCUUCAUCACGCUCCACCGCUGGCGUGGUCCGAGAAACUCGCGAAGCAGGCUCGUAAACUAGCGUACAAAAUGGCGAGGGAAAGGUCUUCCAUUGCCAAGAGAACAAUGGCAGAGAAAGAAAGCCAUUCUACAUUUAGAAUAAUUAAAUUCCCAUCAGUACCAGAGGCAGGGGAAAAACGUAGUACAGACACACAAAACAGCAAGCGCACCUCGAUAGCAGCAGUGCGAAAAUCCUACGAGGAAAGCGUGGACACUUUGGGGGAGAAUGUAGAGAGAUUAUUCAGCGUUAGUUACGGUUGCGAUAGCAGUGCUGCUUUUGACGUCAUCAACAAAUGGCACGACCAGAGCAAAAAGUACAGUUACUCGUACCCCCACGUGGACGAGAAAGUCAGCUCAUUCACCCAGCUCGUGUGGAAAAACACAAAGAUAUUUGGCGCUGGCUGCGCCCUCCGCCGGGGACUGUUGACAAAUGACGUAUUUGUAGUUGCCCUCUAUAGCCCCCCGGGGAAUUCCGACGGAGGGGUGACGAGUAAUGUCUUGAAGCCUGGUGACGAAACACGCAAGCCCGACGUCUAUUCUAAUAUAUUCAGAUAGUGAAGAGCAAUUCGCCGAUAGAGUGGAAGACGCUAAUGGAAAACGCCUUGUGUGCGGGUUAGGUGAAGGUCAUGUUUUAAAUUUCUCGCGCUAGUGACAAAAGCAUUGCUAGCUGUCCAUCAGUGUGGUAACAUUGUACGAAAAUAAUGAGUGCGUACUAAAUUUGAAACAAUGUGAUAUCAUUAAACGAAGUAUGUUCUAAGACUA